GUAUUUUAGAAUUCGAACUCUUAUCUUAACCGGAGAACGCGAAGCUGCGUAACCAGUGAGUUGAUGUCUUCAUGCUAGACAGCAUUUGAGUUUUUUAAAGUGCAACUUAUCGGUGCCCACGAUCGGAACGAAAUGGAUGACACGGUCCCGGAAAGCACUACGAAGUACUAUACACUUGAAGAAAUCAGACAACACAAUUUGCAGACGGAUACUUGGCUCAUUAUCCACGAUAAAGUGUAUGAUGUCACAAGCUUCUUGGGGGAGCACCCGGGCGGCGAGGACGUUAUGCUGGAGCAGGGAGGAUCGGACGCCACGGAGAGCUUCGAAGACGUUGGCCAUUCCAUCGACGCUCGGGAGAUGCUGCAGCAGUAUUUAAUUGGCGAGUUGCACAUGGAUGACCGCAACAAGGAAAACGAUAAGGACAUUUUCAUCACAACCUCUGGCGAAUCCAGUUCGUGGACGACGUGGUUGAUCCCUGCGCUGGCUGCAGCUGUGGUGGGCCUGAUGUAUCGUUAUUACAUCGUGGAGCACAGGUCCUCCUGAGUCCUGCUUUCACCUCAGCACCCGUCCAGCCCAAUCACCCACUCACUUUCUGUGGAGGUCCCCACCUCUCUGUCUGAACAUCAACUGAUCAGAGGAACCCCCCAAUUCUCAUGAACCCUUCUACUGCCCCGUCUCCUGAAAGAGGGGGGUACUCCUUCCUCUCACCUGUCCCUCCUCUGCAUUCCAAUCCCCAGAAAUUGGGAGGUGCAGUGACACACACUCAAAACCAGCUAUCCUGACCUGGGAGUCGCUGUUUUUCUACAUUCCUUCAUGUUUUGUCUUCUCUCUGGUGUUCCUACCAUGCAUUAUCUUUGUUCUACCUGCCAUUUCUGAUGAACAGAGCACUUUCUGAGCCUUGUGAUGGUGCCUGUACAACAUACUCUCUGUUCUGAGUGUACCUUUCUGUAUGAAUUGAGGUGCAAUUUUUUAAAGUGAGGAAAUAGCUUUUGUAAGGUUUUCAUAAGCCUUAGUGUUUGACCUUUAUUUCUUAAAAUGAUAUUGCUAAAUGCUGGAAAUUGAGUAAAGGAAUAUCAGGAAAAGCUUAGGACUUUCAAAUUAAUGUUUAAUCAGAAGAAUCUGAAAAGAUUUGUCAAUUUAAAUUUUUAAGUACACUUUUUGAUGUAAACGUCUACAUGUUCAAUCAGUUUAAGCACUUACUCUUGUUAAGGGAAUCAACUAAUUACCAAAAUGAUGUGAACACCUUGAGGGUAUAAAACCAAUUGUUAUGGUGCGGGAUUAUGUGUCACUCAGUGUCACCUAUCCUCUUUAGUUUAGUCACAGUUUGGCCUGGAAAAGAGCAGAAUCCAUUUUUUGAUGGGGUACACUUGCUUUUCUCCACUAAGCAUAGUUUUUCUACAUUGUAGCUGUUUUCUGUUUGAUCACAGUGUUUUCUGUUGAACACAUGCGUUGCAAACUGGAGUGGAUUGGAGGCCGCCUGAGUUUGAGGGAUGGCCGUUCAAAUGUCGAAACAUCAUGGAGAUGUACAUGUAUUUACAUGCAAUGUUAUUAUAAAAUAUUUAAUAAUUUAAUAUUGAGAAUGAUUGUGAACCCUCUGACAUUUCCAGUUAUGCAGUGACAGUAUGCAUUUAUCAGCACUAUUGCUGGUGCUGCUAUUUGUGUGUUACAUAUAAUAUAGCAUUGAGGUGUAAAGAUUUGAUGAAUGCAAGAUAAAAUAGUUUUAUUCAUGCCUAUGCAUUGAUUUUUGCAGUGAAAUGAAUGGCAGCUCUGUGCAGUGGUUAUAUUGUUAUAUGUAAGUGUGUAACUGGAUAAUUGCCUAGUUCACCUUAUGGUAUAAAAAUAAAAACAUACUGACUACAUGGUA